CCCGCGCGGAAGUCGCAGACCCGACCCUCUGAGUUGGCCCCCUUGGAGCCCUCCCUUCUGCCGGGGGCGCUGCGCCGGGACUCGGGGAGUCUUGGGGUGCAAGGAGGGGGGGGUUCGAGUCCUCGCUCCGCCUGAGAGUUUGCACAGGGCCGCUCCUCGCGCCGGCCUGGGGUACCCCCCGUCCCCCCCGUGUGUGCUGGACCCUCUUAUUCUGGAAUCUGAAUCUUUCAGAGUCGGUUGAGCUAACCCGGAAUAAGGCACCGUGAUUAUGGCCUGGAUGUGGUGUCAGCUGUUCCUGCAGCGCUGCAGGGCAGGUCUCCACCUCUUCCCCCUCACCCAGAGAGGGGUCCGGGUCCAGAUCCAGGGACGGCACUUGGUCACCAUGAAGCUGGAGUCUCCGGAAUUCCAGUCUCUUUUCACCCCAGGGCUGAAGAGUAUCGCAGAAUUAUUUGAAAAGGAAAAGUAUGAAUUAAGAAUAGCUGGAGGUGCUGUCAGAGAUUUAUUAAAUGGAAUGAAACCACAAGAUGUGGACUUUGCCACCGUUGCUACACCUACUCAGAUGAAGGAAAUGUUCCAAUCUGCUGGUGUUCGUAUGAUCAAUAACAAAGGAGAAAAACAUGGAACCAUUACUGCCAGGCUUCAUGAACAGAACUUUGAAAUUACCACACUUAGAAUUGAUGUAGUCACUGAUGGACGACAUGCAGAGGUGGAAUUCACAACUGACUGGGAAAAAGAUGCUGAAAGAAGAGAUCUUACAAUCAACUCUAUGUUUUUAGGUUUGGAUGGCACGCUUUUUGAUUAUUUCAGAGGUUAUGAAGACUUAAAAAACAAGAAAGUCAGAUUUGUAGGACAUGCAGCCCAGAGAAUACAAGAGGAUUAUUUACGAAUACUGAGAUAUUUCAGGUUUUAUGGAAGAGUAGCAGAAAAGCCUGGUGACCAUGAACCUAAUACUCUGGAAGCAAUUAAGAAAAAUGCCAAGGGUUUGGCUGGAAUAUCAGGAGAGAGGAUUUGGGUGGAACUGAAAAAAAUUCUUGUUGGAAACCACGUAAAUCAUUUAGUUCGACUUAUGUAUGAACUCGAUGUUGCCCAUUAUAUAGGAUUACCUGUUAAUGGGAGUUUAGAGGAAUUUGACAAAGUCAGUAAAAAUGUUCAGAAUCUGUUUCCAAAACCAAUGACCGUUCUAACAUCACUGUUCAAGGUGCAGGAUGAUGUCAUAAAACUCGAUUUGAGGCUGAAAAUCUCAAAAGAAGAGAAGAACCUCGGCCUCUUUAUAAUGAAGCAUAGAAGAGACUUAAUCAAAGCUAUAGAUAGUCCAGAACCACUUAAACCAUAUCAAGACUUCAUUAUAGAUUCUAGGGAACCUGAUAUGAACUCCAGGAUCUGUGAGCUUCUAAAAUACCAAGGAGAAGAGCAUCUUCUAAAGGAAAUGCAAGAGUGGUCUGUCCCUUCUUUUCCUAUCAGUGGCCAUGAUUUAAGAAAAAUGGGAAUUUCUUCUGGAAAGGAAAUUGGAACAGUGUUACAGCAGUUAAGGGAUCAGUGGAAGAAGAGUGGUUACCAAAUGGAUAAAGAACAACUCUUAACUUGUGUAAAGAAGGUGUAAAAUCUAAGAGUAGUAGGGUUUGAUGAUGAUUUAGUAAUACACAUAAUUGUAUUUACCUUGUUACAAGAAGAAUCAAAAUAUUUGUAAACAUAAUGCUACUACCAGCAAAUAUUGCAUUUGAGUUCAAGACUUUCAGGCACAGAAUUAUUUCAUGUUCAAAAUUCAUACUGUGCUCUGAAUGCUGCAGUAACAUGCGGCCUUGUUUCUGCCAAUCUGACUGAAAACCCUACCUCUGUUUGUUAUGUUUAAAUGGUAACUUAAUUAAUACUUGAGGUUUUGUUUUUUCUCUCUUGUGUUCCUAAUGGCAAGUAGAGGUGACACAAGGAUUUUUGAUAUUCUGUCUUAGCUAUAGACUUCUGUGCUCCAGAUAAAAACCUCUAACACAUUUUUUAUUUUUUUGUAGUCAAAACUGAGUAUCAGAUUGAAAGGUUCACUUCAGCAGUUCCCAAACAAAUGAUAUCCUAUCAUGUGAAACAACCUUGUUUUCCUAACAGUUUUGGUUUUUAUCUUAAUUCCAAAAUCAAUUUUAGAUUAAACGGAUCACUAGUCUAAAUCAAUAUCAUCAGUCUCUACUUGGGUAUAAGUACUUUUUAUGUCUUCCGAUUUUUCAAUCAUUUGUUUCUCAUUUUACAAGUAUACAAAUUGUUGGAGCCCCUUUUUCCUAAAAUAUAUUUUAAUUUUUGUACACGAAAUGAGGGAUAUUAAAGUGUAACAUUAACCACUGAAAACUAAAGCAGAUCCAGAGCAGCUAGUCCAGAUUUCUCCUCCCAGGGUCAGGUCAUCACAUCCUGCCAUAGUAAAAGAGAGCUACCUCCUAUUCCCUUUACUGUCUAGAGGUAAUUCCCUUCUUACCUUUCCCUACAGUCACAGAUAGCAAAGGGAGUAAAAGGAUUAGGGUGUGUUUGCUUGAUGUACACUAGGCAAAGUGAACCUGAACUGUGUAUGUGUUUUGAAGUACUGACAUUCCAAUGAGAUAUGGGCAUGUAAAAAAUGUCUACCAUUUGGGGGGGAUAAGAAACUGCCUGUAAAAGUAUAUUUACUACCGUUAAUACCCCCACACCUCUCAAAAUAACUGACUUAGGGCCUAGUUCCUGCCACCCUUACUUAUGUUUAGUGUCAUUCAAUGAAUAGUUGAAUUGAAAUCAAUGGGAUUAGUUCAGGAAAACAGACAAUGACUCUAACAUUAGAUGGCAGUAAAAUCAGAGCAAUUUUACAGCAGAACAUGUAUCUGUGUUCUUUCAUGUAGCUAAUUAUUUCUGAGGGUGUUGGAUUCGUUAUUUACAUGCUCAAGACAUGAUACGUUGUUCCGUAGCAAUUUAGGGCCAGUGAUCUGAAACUGAGGGGAAAGCAUAAAUCCUUGAAUACUGUGUUUUCAUAUUAAUAAAAGCAUGGUUGUAUUGUGUUAGUCUGAUAUGCUUAUCACAGCAUUCCACCUUUACAAUUUGUUAAAUAAAGUAUUUUUGUUUAAUUUUG